AUGCCAAAGCCGGACCGAAAUCAGUCGGACUUUGUCAAGCUGGGUGUUGGGGAGACGAGCAUGUUCCUUUGGGUUCCGAGCUUUGUGACUUUCUUGUCCCUUCCCGGCAUCAUCGGCGGCUGCCUGGCCAUGAAGUGGAGCCCUUCUGUUCAGGCACGGGUGAGCACGCUCGCCACUCUGAGUGCUGGACCUCUCUAUCUCUCGGUGUCCUUCAUGAAGUUUAUGCUCCUCAUGAUGCAAGCCAGCCUCAACUCGGCCCGGCGCGAGAGUGGCAUCAAUGUUCCUGACCAGCACGUCUACAAAGUCGUCGGCGGCGCUGCUGACGGUGCGAUGGUUCUUAUGGACGACUCCGGGCCCUUCGGCCAAUUCAACCGCGCCCAGCGCGGACUUCAGAACCACUAUGAGCAGGUGCGGUGA